CUGUGGGCAGCGAAGGGUUAAGUCGUCGAGCCAGGAAGCGAGGGAGGAGCCAGCGGGCGCGGGGAGGAGGGAGGGGGUGGCUGGGAUGCGCCUGCGGGCCGUCUCCACUCUCCCUCCGCACGCAGCCGGGGCGCACAGACAGACGGACUGACGGGCUAGCGCGCGGUCGGGGAGGCGCCGACGGCCAGCCCCAGCCCUCCCCGCCCCUCCCCGCCCCGCGCCGUCGAGGCCCAUGGCUCCCCCCGAGGCCCGCAGCCCGGGGGGCGCAGGCUAGUGCACCCGGAGCCCCACGGAGUCCCCGCCGCCCGCCGUCUGGCGGGUCCCAGGAGCCAGUGGGGGCGCCCUCCCCGCGCCCCCUCUUUCCCCGCGCGUCGAGACAAGAUGCUGCCCGGCCUCCGGCGCCUGCUGCAAGGUCCCGCCUCGGCCUGCCUCCUGCUGCUGCUCCUGGCGCUGCCCCCCGCGGCCCCCAGCUGCCCGAUGCUCUGCACCUGCUACUCGUCGCCGCCCACCGUCAGCUGCCAAGCCAACAACUUCUCCUCCGUGCCGCUGGCCCUGCCACCCAGCACGCAGCGCCUCUUUCUGCAGAACAACCUUAUCCGCACGCUGCGGCCCGGCACCUUCGGACCCAACCUGCUCACCUUGUGGCUCUUCUCCAACAACCUCUCCACCAUCUACCCGGGCACCUUCCGCCACCUGCAGGCCCUGGAGGAGCUGGACCUGGGCGACAACCGGCACCUGCGCUCGCUCGAGCCCGACACCUUCCAGGGCCUGGAGCGGCUGCAGUCGCUGCAUCUGUACCGCUGCCAGCUCAGCAGCCUGCCCGGCGACAUCUUCCGCGGCCUGGUCAGCCUGCAGUACCUCUACCUCCAGGAGAACAGCCUGGUCCACCUCCAGGAUGACCUGUUCGCCGACCUGGCCAACCUGAGCCACCUCUUCCUGCACGGGAACCGCCUGCGGCUGCUCACCGAGCACGUGUUCCGCGGCCUGGGCAACCUGGACCGCCUGCUGCUGCACGGGAACCGGCUGCAGGGCGUGCACCGCGCCGCCUUCCACGGCCUCGGCCGCCUCACCAUCCUCUACCUGUUCAACAACAGCCUGGCCUCGCUGCCCGGGGAGGCGCUGGCCGACCUGCCGGCGCUCGAGUUCCUGCGGCUCAACGCCAACCCCUGGGCCUGCGACUGCCGCGCGCGCCCGCUCUGGGCCUGGUUCCAGCGCGCGCGCGUCUCCAGCUCCGACGUGACCUGCGCGUCCCCGCCCGAGCGCCUGGGCCGCGACCUGCGCGCGCUCCGCGAGGCCGACUUCCAGGCCUGCCCGCCGGCCACGCCCACCCGGCCGGGCAGCCGCGCGCGCGGCAACAGCUCCUCCAACCACCUGUACGGCGUGCACGCCGAGGCUGGAGCGCCCCCUGCCGACCCGUCCACGCUCUACCGAGACCUGCCGGCCGAGGACCCGCGCGGGCGCCAGGGCGGGGACGCGCCCACCGAGGACGACUACUGGGGGGGCUACGGGGGCGAGGACCGGCGCGGGGAGCAGACGUGCCCGGGGGCCGCCUGCCGGGCGCCCGCGGAUUCCCGCGGCCCCGCGCUCUCGGCCGGACUCCCUGCCCCUCUGCUUUGCCUCUUGCUCGUGGCGCCCCACCACUUCUGACUGCGGUGCUGAGACUCCGUCCGGGGCGGGGUGCGGUGGGGAGGGAGGACGACCCCCCAUUCUUUGUCCCCUCUCCCUUACACCCCUCUCGUCCCCCCCUCCCCCAGUUCUCCAGCUGCAGCGCUGGUCUCAUUCUCACCCCUUGACCUUGCACCCUUGAUCUUACAACCCCCCAAUCCUUCCUGCUCACCUUGCACCCUUGACCUUGCAAACCCCCCCCCGUCCCUCUUCCUGCUCAUCUUGCACCCUUGACCUUGCAAACCCCCCCCCGUCCCUCUUCCUGCUCAUCUUGCACCCUUGACCUUGCAAAACCCCCCCCCCCCGUCCCUCUUCCUGCUCACCUUGCACCCUUGACCUUGCAAACCUCCCCAUCCUUCUUCCUCUCACUUUUUUUUUUUUUUAGGGGGAGAAAGGAGGACAGGUCGCCAUCUCCCCACUUCCUGGGCUGCUGGCUUGUGGCAUCCCCAGGAGGGCGCUCCUGAAGGCUCAGCCCUGCGCCCCCCCACCCCAGGAACACCCCAACUCUGGCCACUCAUUGGAGACUGGGGCGGGGGUGCCCAGGGUCCCCCCCACACCCCCACCCCGUGGACUCAGAGCGGCUUUUAUCUGCACAGCAGCUUUCACCAGCAGAGCCUUCCGAAGAUUCCGGCAGGGAGCUGAGCCCCGAGCAAGCCCCAGGGUUAAAUUAGCCCGAGGCCCCUGCACCGUCCAAGCCCCCCUCGACCUCCCGGCGCUGGAGGAGACUCUUCUCUGAAGUCUACCUGGGACAUUUUUUGGGGGGGGGGGACUGGAGCGAACGUUCCUCUCCCCUCCCCCUGCUGCCACCCCAUGCGUGUGUGGUUGAAAAAGAAUUAACAGAAAUUGUUUGGGGGAAAAAUUUAUUAAAAAGUUCUAUUAUUUUA